AUGGGCAGCCCUGGGGAGUGGACUGCCCUAGCCCGAGGGCUUGAUGGGAUUAUCCCAGAAUCGGCCUUAGAUAGAAGUAGAAGAACUUGGAUUGCAAGUGGUUGUAUAAGGGGAAACAAGAGUUUGAAAAAGUUAGAUUCAAGGCUAGUUGCUCACUUUGAUCGGAAAUUGAAGCAAAUGGAUGAUACUACUGCUUUCUUACAUGGUGAACUUGAUAAGAAUAUUUAUAUGAAUCAACCUAAGGGGUCUGAUAUAGCAUAUGCAAUUAGUUGCUUGAGUAAAUUUAUGUCUAACCCUGAUAUGCCUCAUUGGAAUGUUUUGAAAAGACUUUUGAGAUAUCUAAAAACCACUAUUGAUGUUGGCUUGACUUUCUCUAAGUGUUCUAUAGGUACUAAGUUAGUUGGUUAUGUGGAUUUCAAUUAUGCUAAUGAUAGGGAUAAUAGAAAGUCUAUUACUUCUUACGUGUUUACUUUGUGUGGCUCUUGCAUAAGUUGUAAGUCUCAAUUUCAACCCAUUGUUGCUUUAUCUACUACAGAAUCUGAGUAUGUAGUUGCCACUGCAACUUUUAAGGAAGCAAUUUGGCUUAAGACUAUUUUGUCUGAAGUUAGUUUUCUUGACAAAAAUAUGGUUGUAUUUUCUGAUAGUUAA